CACAUUCAGUUCAAAAUCUGAAUUGGGCGGGCGUACUAAUACUUAGUAGUGUAAAGAUGGCGUCGACGGUGUGUGUGUCUAGAUGCCGACUCCUAGCAAAUUUAGAAAUAAAUCGUGGUUUGUGUCUUUUGCCAAUAUUUAGUGAUUUGUCGAAUAAUAGGGAAUCGUGGUGUCGUCGAUGGAGACCUAUGCGUCGCUCGUUGUACACAAGCGUAAGCUCACACGGUUCAAAAACUGCUCCUACAAAAAUCGAGCCAGAGAAAUCUGACGAAGUAUUAGUGACAUAUCGGCGUGGCCUGCCUGUGAUAACAGUGCCUCUGCCGUCAAGACGGGAACGUUGUCGGUUUACAUUAAGACCAGUGUCGCAAACCGUCGGAGAUCUCCUCGAACAGGUGAAAGCGGAAGACCGUGGUGUUGAGCGCGCGGUUGCUUUGGCCGCUGAUGAACGUGUGAGAAUUGCAGCCAGUGACACCGUAGAGUCACUGCUGGAAAACGACUUCCGGCUCUUGAUCAAUGACACUGAAUACUACGUCAAGAGCCCGCCACAAGAACGUCUAAGCACCGAAGAGAUAACUCGUCUAAGCGAUGUUCGUAAUCUCGUUAACCAGCUGUACGAGGCUCUGAACGUCCGUGAGCACCAGAUCAGAAAAGAACGUGAACUGAGGAGCCAGCUGGAAAAACUAACAGCCGAGCUGCAGCCUUUAGAAGAGAAACGCAUGACGUUGGAGCAUGAGACGGCUCGUUCGACGUCAGCUCUCACUUGGGUGGGUUUGGGUCUUAUGGGGGUUCAGUUUGGGGUUCUGGCUCGUCUCACCUGGUGGGAAUACUCCUGGGACAUCAUGGAGCCGGUCACGUACUUCGUGACUUACGGAACGGCCAUGGCGGCGUACGCCUACUUCGUGCUGACGAAACAGGAAUACAUUCUACCUGAUGUCAAGGAUAGACAGCAUCUGAUCACUUUGCACAAGAAGGCGAAAAAAAUUGGUCUCGACAUAAAUCAGUACAACCAUCUUAAGGAUGAGGUUGACAAAUUACAAAAGGAUCUAGCUCGUCUGCGGGACCCCCUCCAAAUACAUCUGCCAGUGAACAGAAUGGACGAAGCGAAGCGCUCCCCGCUCACCAAGAUCAAAGACAUGCUCGAAGAGACGACCAAAAAAAUGAAAAUAACGUAAUACAUAUUAAUUACUAGCGGGUCUAUUGAAUUGUUCGACUGCAUUUUGUUAUUUAUGUUAUAAGAACUGUUGUGUACUACAUUAUGAAACAAAUGUUCGUUUAUUAAAAAAAUCUUGCCAUUGUGUUUUGUAUGUUAAAAAUAACUAUAGAUGAAUAAACACUUUGUUAUAGCUCAAAUAUAGAAACAAAGCACAAAUGUAUUAAAAGUAAGGUAGUUGAACAAAAUUUUAUUUUGAAUCUACCCUCAUUAUUAUUGUUAAAUGUUUUGUAUAGUACACAGUAUGGUUCAGUGUUGAAAUUUUUUACAUAAAUUUAACAUAUUAUUUAUUGAAUUUUAUCAUAUAUGUAUACUUUGGUUUGUAUUAGAUCUGUUUUAAUUAACUUUGUAUAGAGAAAUUUAUGCGAUUGGCUCUUAUUUACGGCUAUAAUAUUCGCUGUAUUUUUCCCUCUUAAUGAGGUAGAGAGGGAUGGCGCUAUAGAUAAAUAUAUCACAAGUAAUUUAUUGUAUUUGAUUUAAUUAGAUAAUUUUUUUUAGUUAAAAAUAAGCUCAAAAGUUGUUUCCUAUAUUUUAAGAAAGACCUAACAUAAUUUCUUUGUUAGUGCCAAUUGAAGAGCUACUUAGUCAUAAGUAAUUUUUUUUUUGUAUUAAAAUCUUUUGGGUAUAUUAUUUUUUUUUCUAGUCCGUAACAUCUUGUUCCUGUUUGUAUUUCGUUUUAAGUGUGACAAUUAACUAUGUGAAUUUUUUUCUAUGUAAAAUGUAUUUUUUUUUUGGUCUCGAUUUUGCGAAUGGAUCACUUUAAAUGGUUAUUCAUUUUUAUUUUAUUAUUCAUCAAAUAAAUCUCUGAUAGAUUUUU